AUGGUAUCAUUAUUAGCUGUUCAUGUCAAAAGAAUGGAUUAUCCAACAAAUUUUAUUUUACUUGGUUUAUUUACAUUAUUCGAAUCGUUUACAAUUGGUACACUGGUAUCAUUUUUCGAUAAAUUUCUUGUUGUACAAGCGCUUAUUAUCACAUCAGUUAUUGUUUGCUGCUUGACAAUGUAUACAUUUCAAACCAAACGAGAUUUUUCGACAAUGGGUGCUGGCUUAUUUGCUUUUCUGUCCGUCUUAUUUGCUGGUGUAUUAUUACAAAUAUUUCUACAAUCACCGGUGAUGGACAUUGUUCUAGCUAUGGCGGGCGCUCUUCUCUUUAGUGGCUUUUUAAUUUAUGACACUCAACAAAUUAUGCGUAAAUGUUCACCAGAAGAAUACAUCGUUGGCGCAAUAACAAUUUAUCUUGAUAUUACUCGAUUAUUUAUUGAAAUUCUUCGCAUAUUGGAGGCCCUUCGUCAGAAAUAA